GCUGGUUUGAGAGGGAGGGCACACUGGUCAGGGUUCCUCGAGAGUGUCUGGGCUCACGACAAGAGCUAUCCCCCCUGCCGGGGGGGGGGGGGGGCGGCUGUGAAAAGCCGAGCUGUUCCCAUGGCGCUUUACGCGCCUGGACUAGGACUCCGGACUGGGCGCUAAAAUGCUUGCUUUUGGCUUGUCCAAGUUCCACAGUAUGUAUGUUGACGAAUGGAAUCCUGGGCCAAUCAAGAGUCAAAUUCAAAGUGGUACUCCUGGUUCUUCAUCCCAGACUCCGACAAGUGUAAUUUGAGACUAGAAGAGAGAGGUCUCCUACUUCUAAGAAGAGAGAGGUCUCCUACUCUAAUCUCCUCAGUUCUGGAAUUGGACUUGACAGCUCUCCUCACCAAUACUUGGACUGCAGUGGCUGCCGGGUUCUCUUAGGGGGGUCGAGUGGUGGGGUGCUCUGAAGACCAGUCCACAACACUCAGAACCUCGACAAUGGACCAAGUUUUUGAAAUUCCCGAGGAACCAAAUGUGGAUGCGAUGUCCCCUCUGGAGGAAGAUGUCAUCCGUGGGGCCAACCCCAGAUUUACCUUUCCAUUUGGCAUCCUCUUCUCCACUUUUUUGUACUGUGGGGAGGCAGCAUCUACCUUGUACAUGGUUAGAAUCUAUCGGAAGAAUAGUGAAACCUACUGGAUGGCAUACACCUUUUCCUUCUUUAUGUUUUCAUCCAUUAUGGUCCAGUUGACGCUCAUUUUUGUCCACAGAGAUCUGGCCAAAGACAAGCCACUAUCUUUGUUUAUGCAUCUAAUCCUCUUGGGACCUGUUAUCAGAUGUUUGGAGGCCAUGAUUAAGUACCUCACACUGUGGAAGAAAGAGGGGCAGGAGGAGCCCUAUGUCAGCCUCACCCGAAAGAAGAUGCUAAUAAAUGGCGAGGAGAUGCUGAUAGAAUGGGAGGUGGGCCACUCCAUCCGGACCCUGGCUAUGCACCGCAAUGCCUACAAACGAAUGUCACAGAUCCAAGCCUUCCUGGGCUCAGUGCCCCAGCUGACCUAUCAGCUCUAUGUGACCCUGAUCUCUGCAGAGGUCCCCCUGGGUAGAGCUGUGCUAAUGGUCUUUUCCCUGAUAUCUGUCACCUAUGGGGCUACUCUCUGCAAUAUGCUGGCUAUCCAGAUCAAGUACGAUGAAUACAAGAUUCGCCUUGGGCCACUAGAAGUCCUGUGCAUCACCAUUUGGCGAACAUUGGAGAUCACCUCCCGCCUCAUGAUUCUGGUGCUCUUCUCAGCCACCUUGAAAUUGAAGGCUGUGCCCUUCUUAUUGCUGAACUUCCUGAUCAUCCUCUUUGAGCCUUGGGUUAAGUUCUGGAGGAGUGGUGCCCAGAUGCCCAAUAACAUUGAGAAAAAUUUCAGCCGGGUAGGCACCCUGGUGGUGUUGAUUUCUGUUACCAUCCUGUACGCUGGCAUCAACUUCUCUUGCUGGUCAGCUUUGCAGUUGAAGUUAGCAGACAGGGACCUUGUUGAGAAAGGUCAGAACUGGGGACACAUGGGCCUGCACUAUAGUGUGAGAUUGGUAGAGAACGUGAUCAUGGUCUUGGUUUUUAAGUUCUUUGGAGUGAAAGUGUUAUUGGAUUACUGUCAUUCCUCGAUUGCCUUGCAGCUCAUUAUUGCUUACCUGAUUUCCAUUGGCUUCAUGCUCCUUUUCUUCCAGUACUUGCACCCGCUGCGCUCACUCUUCACCCACAACGUAGUGGACUACCUACACUGUGUCUGUUGCCAUCAGCACCCUCGGGGCAGGGUUGAGAACUCAGAGCCAUCUGUUGAUGCUGAAACAAGGCAGAGCAUUGUCUGAUUCUAUCUUUGGGUAUUUGGGGAUGGGUUGCGGGUUCCCAAGAGCAACUGUGAAAUGGAAGGAGACGAUGAGGCUCAUGGGUGAGUACCCUACCAGGAAAUUUUUUUUUUUUUUUGGAGAGAGCAUCCCCCAAAGAGGUUUUAUUUCCUUAAGAUUGAACUGCUGUGUUCAGACACAGUUAAGUUCUGUGUAGCCACUGUGUACCCUGUAUACCUGGGAGAGUCAGAGAUAAUCAUUCACAUUCCUCCCACCUAGGUUGUUGUCUGGCUGCUGGAUGGGAUAACUUACUUCCGGGUAUCUAAGGCUCCCUGUGAUCUUUAAGCUCUGCUCACUUGCUUGACCAUUACCGAGCUUUCCAUGGGCUGAGCUGAAAGGCGCAGCAUUCCACCAGAAUAUAUCCUGACUGAUCAGAGGAUGUGCCUGCUUUCUACGUCUGGGUACCUCCCAGGAAGCAGUCUGACUAGUGUGGAACUUGUAACUGUGAACGUGGCUGGGUGUUUUAAUUCCAAUGUGAAACUCUAAGAGGAAAACCCCUACUCUUAAUUUAAAAGAGCUGCUCCCCAAAUGAGUUACCUCUCCAUUAGGACUUUACUAGCGAUCAUUCAUCAAGGAUCUUUCUUUUCAGUGGCCCUUCAAAGAUACACUCUGAAGAGGGAGUACAGAGUAGGAUUCCUUCAAGGCAUAAACCAGAAUGACUCUUUAUCUCAGGGACCCAUAUGGCCUCCAGCCUGUUGAGUGGAGUAGUUGAGUCAAAGCUCUCACAUCAUACCUCCUUAUCAGGGGUUCCUCCUGCUUGGCUUUUCUGUGCUCUUUUAGCAACAUUGAUGUGGAUCUCCAUCCAGAAGCCAAACUGUAAUUGAAAAUGUUUCUUAUGUGUAGAAAAAAUGAAGACUGCUUUUGUCCUACUAUCCUGAGUAUUUUGUCGAUUUGAUUUUGUAAGGGGAGAGAGAAGAUAAUAAUAGUUAGGACAUCACCUAUAUGUUGUUUGGGGUUGAGAUGGUGGCUAACAUUCCAAGGUAGAGUGAAGGCAGAGGACCGCAACCAGAUCACAUUAAAUCAUCAUCAGUACUGCUUUCU